AUGGCCAAAAAGCAAGCAGGAGAAAACUCAAAAAAAGCUGCAGGCAAUGCACGCAAAGCUGAACAAGCUAACAAAAAGAAACAAGAAGCACAAGCUGCUAUAGAGCAGGAGGAGAGUGCCGAGUGGGAGAAGGGUUCUAAAAAGGGUAAUAAGAAGCUAGAAGAAGAGCAAUUCAAGAAGGAGGAGGCUGCACGUAAGAAGAGAGAACGAGAUGCGUUAUUGGCUGCUGAGGAAGCCAGCUUGCCAUCGAAACCAGUUAGUCUGAAGCAAAGAGGUGCUGCAAAAGUUGCUGCAAAAAGGACUGGCAAGAUUGAUGAUUUCUUGGAUUUCAACAAGGAUACGCCCGAAUUGAGUGCAAGUGGUUUGGAUAACGCAUUGGCAGCAUUGGCAUUAACUGGCAAGGACUCUGGUGUUUCCUCAAAGGAUAUAGAUAGACACCCUGAGAGAAGAGUUAAAGCGGCUUACAAUGCAUACGAGGAAAGGAGGUUGCCAGAAAUUAGAAAAGAGAAUCCGGGCUUGAGGUUGCAACAGAUUAAGAAUUUGGUGUUUAAAGAGUUUCAAAAGCUGGAAGAGAAUCCAAUGAAUCAACAGACUAAUGUUAGUUAUAAUGCAACACGAGACGAGUUGGAGAGUAAGAAGAAAGAGGUCAGAGAGGCAAGGGAAAAGAAGUUUCAUUAA